CACAGCCCCAUGGCUCGGGUAUCUGCAUCCCAUAACCAAGUACACGACAAUCACCUGUUGCCGGAGGAGCAGUCUUUCAAAUGAUCAGACACAUCUGGAAGGUCUCCCUUUUGAAUGAAGGAAACCCCACUUGCCAACGCGGCGUUCUGGGCAGCGAGGAGGGGCAACUUGGCUCUGCUCAGGCUGCUGCUGAACAGUGGCCGAGUGGACGUGGACUGCAGGGACAGUAAUGGCACAACACUCCUCAUGAUCGCCUCCUAUGCUGGCCACAUAGGCUGUGUGAAGGAGAUCGUCCUGCAGGGAGCUGACAUCAAUCUCCAGAGAGAGUCAGGUACAACUGCCCUGUUCUUUGCUGCUCAACAAGGACAUAAUGAUGUUGUGAGAUUUCUCUUUGAAUUUGGAGCAUCCACUGAAUUUAGGACCAAAGACGGGGGCACUGCCCUUCUGGCCGCCAGUCAGUAUGGGCACAUGAAGGUGGUGGAGACCUUGCUGAAGCACGGAGCCAACAUCCAUGACCAACUUUAUGAUGGAGCCACCGCACUCUUCCUAGCUGCCCAAGGUGGUUAUUUGGAUGUGAUUCGAUUACUGUUGUCCUCAGGAGCAAAGGUCAACCAGCCGAGGCAGGACGGCACGGCGCCGCUGUGGAUCGCGUCGCAGAUGGGCCACAGCGAGGUGGUACGUGUGAUGCUGCUGCGCGGAGCCGACCGCGACGCCGCCCGCCACGAUGGUACAACAGCAUUACUGAAGGCAGCCAACAAAGGGUAUAAUGAUGUCAUAAAAGAGUUGCUGAAAUUCUCACCCACCCUCGGUAUUUUGAAGAAUGGGACCUCAGCACUCCAUGUGGCAGUGCUCAGCGGAAAUAUUAAGGCAGUCGCACUGCUCCUGGAAGCAGGGGCAGACCCAGCCCUGAGAAACAAGGCCAAUGAACUUCCGGCAGAACUAACCAAAAAUGAACGUAUAUUGCAUCUCCUCCGAAGUAAAGAAGGACACAGGAAGAGCUAACUUAGUUUCAUAUUCGACUGAAAGAUAGAAACCUUAAUCAUAUUGUCCAAAAAGAAAUUGCUUUUCAAAUAGUGUUGGAAAUUCCUAGAAGAAGGAAAACGCCCAGAAUGCCCACGCUGGGUCCCUGACCAAGAAGAGCUGUGCUUUGUGCCCUGAGUCAAAAGCAGAGCAGCUCAGGGACCCCUUCCUCUCAUGUAGUGGGCUUCUCACACUGGCCUGUAGCCCCACUCCAGGGGGCCUGGCAUGUUCGUGGAGUCCACAGAAACUCAUUUUAAACUACAUCAACUUGGGUCUUUCAGUUAAACUCUAAGAUAGAGUUAAACCCUCUGUCUUAAAAAUAGAAACAGAAAGGAAGCAGAAAGCUUUGUUCCUUUAAAAAGACUGAAAGUCUGACCUUCAGUGAAUUGGUGCACUUUUGCUUUUGUGUUAAAUGUAUGUGUGCUCAAAGAUAUGGCUCCAUCGUACUUUACAUAUAUUUGUAUGUCAUUUCCAGUGUAAAAUGUUCUCCUCUAUGAAUCAAUAAUGUAUAAAGUUAUAUUAUUGAAAAGCCACUUCUGACAUUCCACCAUGUGCUUUUCAAAGAUGGACUGUUGAACUAUAAAAAAAAGAAAAAUUGUUCAUUUUUACCUGGAGUCAAUGUUGUAGGUAUAAUAGGAUACAAGUGGCAAAUUUGGAAAUUCAGAAAAUUACAAACCACAAGAAAUGUAGGCUUGUCUCUUUGAACCAUUACUUUGGGUCUAUUGCUGGGAAUCUAUUUCCUGUGCCGUAACUAAGUAGACUUAAUAUGCUGUGGACUCUUGAGCUUCCAACACCAAUUGCUUGAUACAAUGACUUUGGAGUCCUUGGAUAAAAUGUGAUAUAAUAUGUUGUUAUUACUAUUGCAGAAGUAUAAGUAAUAAAAGACUGUUACUAGUAUUUAAUAAGUGUUCAUCUAUGUGUAUUUGGGUUGAUUGAUUCCAAGAAAGAAACCUGGGUUUUGUUGAAUUAUUCCUUUGAAGGGGGUCAAAAUUUAUACUCGAUGCACUUUAUGAUCAAUGGUGUCUAAAUGCCUCAGUCAGUGCCUAACUGCACACACAAAAAUUAAACCUUCUUUCUAUAAUCUACCAUAAUAAACACUGGUGGCAUUUUGUUAUUUAAACACA